AUGUCAGUCACCGUUACGACUUUCAAGUGUGAGGAACUGGAACCUGAUUAUCAGAGCACGAUGAUAGACUACAUGCACGAAACUAUCGAUUCACUCAAGAAGAAUAACAAAGAGCUGGAAGAUAAAAACCAAGAAUUGCAGAAUCAUCUGCAUAGUUUGUCGAACAGAAAUGUAGAAGAGAUAAUUGAAGAGAACAAAAUGCUCUUGGAGAAAAACAAAGAAUUGAGUGAGAAGUGGAAGAAUGUUCUUCUUUUGAGAGCUCAGCAGAAAAGAUACAGUCAAUUGAUUUUCAAAAAUGAGCAUUUGGAAAAGAGUAUCGAAUUCUUGAAUCUCAAAUCGAAAAGCGAUGAAAAAUUCAAGGAUGAAUGUUUGAAUAAGAUCAUUGGAGUAGAAGAGGAAAAGAAAGAACUUGAAAAGAAACAUCAGGAAGAGGUUAGCUGGUUGAAGGAAGAAAUCAAAAUCUGGAAGAGCGACUUGUCGAAUGAAGAGAAACAAAAGUUGAUUGCAGAACUUUUUGGAAACAAGGGCAGUGUCGUUUAA